UGUACCAUGCCAUCUUCUUGGAAGAGCUGACCACCUUGGAGCUGGUUGAGAAGAUCGCCAACCUGUACAGCAUCUCCCCGCAGCACAUCCACCGAGUCUACCGGCAGGGCCCCACAGGCAUCCAUGUGGUGGUGAGCAACGAGAUGGUGCAGAAUUUCCAAGAUGAGUCUCGUUUUAUCCUCAGUACCUUAAAAGCCGAGAGCAACGAUGGCUACCACAUCAUCCUGAAGUGUGGCCUCUGAGCAGAAGUAGAGUGUGUAAGCCAGAGCCUCCCACUCCCAGCACCGUGGAUUCCUUUGGAUGUAGAACCUGCACCACCGUAAGCUUCGGCCUCACCUGGCAAGCUGUGACUGGGAGGGACUUGGCCCAGUCUGUGGCAGCCAUGGACCAGUAACCAGCGGGAACCUGUGGAUGCGGUCUCUGGCACGCAGAAAGCCAAUGGCUCCUCUCUCCUUCCUCUUGACCUCCAGCUUUUGAGCAGUUCCUUGUUCUUUGCCUGCUAUCCUAAAGAGGCAAAUGGCAGGGCAUCUUCUCUGAAACCCCUCAGUCCCUUGUUGGAGGCUGGUUCACUGGGUAUCUUGGUGCCACUGUAUCCUUCUGACUACUCCCCUGCCUCCAGGGAAAGCCCUGCCUCCCGUCAGCCGUCAUCUUCUCUGGUGACCAGGACUGUUGACUGGGUAACUUGCCACCAUUCUACCUUCACGUUGGUUUCCCUUCUCAGCGGCCCUCAUGAGUGUCUGUCUUUCUGUUUCUUGGAUGGAUCGAUGGGAAUGGGGUUUAUUCUGUGCCUUCUGCUUCUUCCACCUUGACUCUUGUUUCUAAGGACCUGUUGCCAUAAUGCCCAGAGAUGGGCUCACCUGUCUCUGCGUUGGUCAUGUAGACACCACAACACAUGUGUAGGACCUGCCACACAUACCUAGGUCUACGCCCUUGGGAGGGAGAGGGAGAGGAUGGAGUAACUAUUUUCUGGUACAUUCUCACAAGUGUAAAAGGGAUGAGAACAAAAUGUUUUUUUUUUCUUGAGCUCCUUUCAUAUGAUUUUAUUUCCUCAGCAAUCAUGGGUAAGGAGGACUAGGAAAUGAGCAUCCCACUGUGCAGUCACAUGACCUUGAUAGUCAUGGUAGCGGGCUCUUGUGCGUGGACUUAACCAACUAAGUCUCAUUUAGAGAAGACCUUGAUUAACACUGCCAAACUUUGUCUCUACUGUGAGGGUCCCCAUUUAAAUGUUUAUCUUUUUUCAUUUUAUAGAGGGAGUGUUAGGGCAUUUUGCUUGCACUGGGAUGGUUGGAUCGUCUCUCUUAGUGGCUUGACUAUGGGGAAACUUGAGUACGGGUAAGCUCAGGAAUUUGUCUUUGUCUUGUGUCUGUUUCCUGGGGCCCAGUGAUCUACAUACUCUUAGCUAACUUAGGUUUAUCUUCGAAAGCACAGGGAGGCUGUAUGAUCAGCUGAGCAGGAUUUUACAACUUCUAAAGUGGAGCUUUUGGGGAAUAUAGUGUUAGGGUCAAAGAUGAUCAGAACUGGGUAGACCUUGUUUUACAGAUGACACUGAAAGCUGAGAGGGGCAGAGCCACCUGCUCGAUACCACGUAGUGAUAGGGCAGUGAUAGAUAUUUAUCAUAUAAAUCACUUCAGAGGGCAAAAAGGGUGCUUUUGUAAUGAUGAUGUUGGGACGACAGGUGUGGUGUUUCUCUAGAGUAAAGCAGCCUCCUGAUUCCUUUUCUGUCUUGGGGGAGGGUGGGGGAGCAGGUAAUAGCUUUACUGAGAUAAAAUUCACAUAGCAUGCAGUGUACCCAUCUAGAGUAUACUACUCUGUGGUUUUUAGUGAAUUCACAGAAUCAGCACAUUCAGUUUGAGAACAUUUUCCUUCCCUCCACCCCCAAAAGAAACCCUACUCCUUUUAGUGAUCAUCUUCCCUCUCUCCUCACAACUAGCUUGGUCUUAGGCAACCAUGAUCCUCCUUUCCAUACUGAUUUUUUUUAAGAUUUUAUUUACUUAUUCAUGAGAGAUACAGAGAGAGAGGCAGAGACACAGGCAGAGGGAGAAGCAACCUCCUCUAGUGGAGCCUGAUGUGGGACUCAAUCCCGGGACCCUGGGACCAUGCCCUGAGCCAAAGGCAGAUGCUCAACCACUAAGCCACCCAGGCGUCCCUCCAUAUUGAUUUACCUAUUCUGGACCUAUCACGUAAAUGGAAUCACAGUGGCCUUUUGUUGCUGGCUUUGUUUUUUUACUAGCGUAAUGUUUUCUAGGGUCUUCCAUGUUGAACAUGUGUCCACACUUCAAUUCUUUUUAUAGCCGAAUAAUGUUUCAUUCUAUGGCUAUACGUACCAUAUUUUGUUUAACCACUCACCAGUUGAUCGACGUAUGAGUUGUUUCUACUUCUUGGCUAGUAUGACUGAUGCUGCUAUGAACAUAGUUGUACAAGUUUUUACAUACACAUAUGUUUUCAUUUCUUUUGGGUGUAUACCUAGGAGUGGAAUUCCUGGGUCAUAUAGAACUCUGUGUUUAACUUUUUGAGGAACUGCCAUAUUUUCCAAGGCAUUCCCACCAGUUGUGCACAAGGGCUCCAGUUCCCUCAUAUCCUCACCAACACUUGCUAAUUCUCUGUGUUUUUUAUUAGAACAUUCUAGUGUAUGUGAAGUGGUAUCUCCUUGUGGUUUUGAUUUGCAUUUCCCUGAUAGCUAAUGAUGUUGAGCAUUUUUUUCAUGUGCUUAUUGGCUAUUCGUAUGUCUUCUUUGGAGAAAUAACCUAUUUAGAUCCUUUGCCCAUUUAUGUUUGGGUCAUUUGUCUUUUUUUAUUACCGAGUUGCAUGAGUUCUUUGUAUAUUCUAGAUGCCAGUGCUUUAUCAGAUACAUGAUCUGUAAAAAUUUUCUCCCAUUCUGUGGAUUGUCUUCACUUUGUUAAGACAUCCUUUGGCGCACAAAAGUUUUUAAUUUUGAUUACACCUAAGAUACAUGCUUUUGUUGCUUGUGCUUUUCGUGUCAUAUCUCAAAAACCAUCGUGUAAUCCAAGGUCAAGACUUAUGCUUCUGUUUCCUUCUAAGAAUUUUUACAGCUUUAGCUCUCCAGUGGCCUUUGAUUCAUUUCAGGUUAACUUUUGUAUAUGGUAUGAGGUGGAGGUCCAACCUCGUUCUUUUGCAUGUGGGUGCCCAUUUGACCCUGGCUAAAAGGCCCCUGAUUCCUACUGGAUCUUUUUUUCUGAGACAUGGGGCUGUCACUGGGAAGACUUUUCUUCUUCUGCUUCUGCGUCUCCUUCCUCUUCUUCCUCUUCCUCCUCUUCUUCUUUCUUCUUCCUUCGUCUUCCUUCUUCUUCCUCUUUCUUGUUCUUUUUAAAGCCCAGCCUAUGUCCAUCUCUACCAUUUUUAUACUCCUCCUACCAUCUCUGCCUUAACCUUCUCACAAGUACUGGGUCAUGUCAUGUUCUGCUGUUCUGCAGCCUUUCUUGGUGCAUGGUCUCACUCCACACAUUAGUCCUAGGGGAAGUCAGGACCAGUCAUUUCCUUUUUUGAGGAAACUUAGUCUCAAGGAAAUGGAAUCAUUUGCCCAGGGUCACACACAGUCAGGACUAGACCUUUGGUCUCCUAACUACCAGCCUUCAGGGUGUCUUGUCAGUCAGUCAGUCACUAGACCUAAGUGACUCCCCUGGGCCAAGUGAUGACAGGCUCGAUUUUAAUUACAAAAAUUUAGUGGGCUAAUAUUUUUAUUUCUUAAUUCCAAAUGAGGGUCUAAUAAAGACCUAUUACCUAUUAAGUUCACAGUUAGUGGGGUCUUCGAUUUUCUGGAACCUGCACUGCUGUCUGUUUUUGUUUGUUUGUUUGUUUUAAUAGUUUCUUUUUUAAAAAAAAUAUUUUUAAGUAAUGUCUCUCCCCAACUUGGGGCUUGGGAUCCCUAGGUGGUGCAACAGUUUGGCGCCUGCCUUUGGCCCAGGGCGCGAUCCUGGAGACCCAGGAUCGAAUCCCACAUCGGGCUCCCGGUGCAUGGAGCCUCCUUCUACCUCUGCCUGUGUCUCUGCCUCUCUCUCUCUCUCUCUGUGUGACUAUCAUAAAUAAAUUUAAAAAAUUUAAAAAAAUAAAUAAAAAAUAAAAAAAAGAGUGAGAGAGAGAGAGAGAGUAGGGGAUUGUUUUGUGUGCCUCUCCCCCCAGCCCUCCCCUUGCUGGGUAAGGUAAAAACUUGGUUUCCUGUGUCCUCUAAUGUUCAUGUAUGUAAUGUGAUUCUUUCCUAAAAUGUAACUUCCCCAGCCUUCUCUAGAUUGGGUGACUCAAAAGGUGGUGGGAGUCUACUACUCGGUGGUAUGGGCCCUGGAUGGGUCAGGAGGGUGUGACGGGUGGGCCAUGGGAGGUGGGCAUCAAGAGGGAAGUUGUCAUACUGCCACAUUGUUUUUGUACCUGAAAUAAAGCAUAUUUUGCACUUGUUACUGUACCAUUGUGCAGAUGAGAAAUCUGUAUGUGGGAUCUGUGCUUGGGUCAGAAUGCAAGUAAAACUCAUUUGUAAGAAA